UAAAAAAAUAGAAACUGGCUAACUUCGAAUACAAGCCGCGACAGUGGCACUAUUGUAGUCACGUGCCCGGGUACGGGUAAAGAAGAACUGUUUUUCCAGCUCCUCUUUAGACAGUUACCUAGUAUUUACACAGUAUGCCUGUCCCAAAGCAGUACCAGCAGAUGGACAGUGUGGAACCGAUGCAGGUGGAUGAAGAUGGGACUCUCUCUCAAAGCAAUGACUUCAUCAUAGACAAUCCGAACUUCGACCUCGACCAGUACGCCAACAGCUUUCAAGGCCUGGCUAAAAUACGAAGGCUGAUGUUCAUCGCUAAGCACUGUCCAACACUGCGUGCAGACGCACUCAGACUGAGUCUACAGACUGUGGAGGGAACUCACAACACUCCUCUAUUCAGUGAGCUAAGGCAGAGAGUACAACAGGCUACAGGUGACCCCAAGUAUUCCCCUGACGCUGAGGACGCUGUGACCUUUGUCACUACCACCAACAGGAAGGCAGCCAUCUUGCUUGAGCGAUUGGACUCUGACCUGAAGAACUACCGCAGCAAUUCAAUCAAGGAGAGCAUCCGGAGAGGGUUUGACUCUUUGGGGGACCACUAUGUUGACUGUGGAGAGCUAAAUCAAGCUUUGAAGAUGUACAUGCGUGCCAGGGACCACUGUACCAGCUCCAAACACAUUGUUCAACUUUGUCUGAACGUCAUUAAGGUGAGCGUGUUGCUUGGCAACUGGCAGCAGGUGCUCAACUACUACAGUAAGGCUGAUGCAAGCAUGGAACCUAUUGAUCUGAGUAAAGGCCCCCAUUCUGGAGUGACUGGUGCUCAGGAGACUGCCUGUAGACUGCUCUGUGCCGCUGGGCUCGCUGAAAUGCAAAACAGAAAGUACAAGAAUUCAGCUAGGCUUUUCUGUGCAGCCAUUAUCGAGCACUGCAACUUCCCAGAUCUUUUGUCCCCCUACUGUGUGGCAGUGUAUGGUGGACUCUGUGCAUUGGCUUCCUUUGAUCGCCAGGAUCUCUAUACUAAAGUUCUGACUAGCAG